CUGUUUUAAAGGAGCCGCUACCCUUUUUUAUCACCGCAGCUUCUCUUCCUCACUGCUCUGCUCUGUUGUUAUUUGAUGUCUCUUGACUCUUAUUAUUGUAUUUUAAACGUUGUGCUUCAUCACGUGAUGAUUCCUCAGUACCCCGGAUAUUUGAGCAACACUCGGUGAUUUUGUGGUGAAAGAUGGCAGCUGGAUCGGUGUGUUUCUUCCUCUUCUUCUCGGUGCUGUUUUGCUCCAGCCGAGCGAAGUUCGAGCCGAACUGGAGUUCGCUCGACAGCCGGCCGCUGCCCGAAUGGUUCGACCAGGCGAAGUUCGGCAUCUUCAUCCAUUGGGGAGUUUUCUCCGUGCCAAGCUUCGGCAGCGAGUGGUUCUGGUGGUACUGGCAGAAGCAGAAGCUGCAGCCGUACGUUGACUUCAUGAAGAAGAAUUAUCCUCCAGACUUUAAGUAUCAGGACUUCGCUCCACAGUUCACCGCAGAGUUCUUCGAUGCCAAAGAGUGGACCGACAUCUUCGCCUCAUCGGGAGCAAAAUACAUCGUCCUGACCACGAAACACCACGAAGGUUUCACGCUGUGGGGCUCGAAGACCUCGUGGAACUGGAACUCUGUGGACGUGGGUCCGAAGAGAGAUCUGGUAGACGAGGUGGCGACGGCGCUGCGAGAGAACAGCGACCUGCGGCUCGGACUGUACCACUCUCUGUUCGAAUGGUUCAACCCGCUGUUCGAGCAGGACGCUGCUAACGGCUUCAAAACAAACCUCUUCCCCUCCAGUAAGACGCUGCCCGAGCUUUAUGAGCUCAUCACGAAGUACAAACCCGAGGUUCUGUGGUCGGACGGAGACGGAGACGCUCCCGACUUGUACUGGAACAGCACCGGGUUCCUGGCCUGGCUCUACAACGACAGUCCUGUGCGCAACACGGUGGUGACGAACGACCGCUGGGGCUUCGGAUCCAUCUGCAAACACGGAGGUUUUUACACCUGCAGCGACCGAUACCUGCCGGGACACCUGAUGACACACAAGUGGGAAAACUGCAUGACCCUCGACAGGAAGUCGUGGGGAUACAGACGCAACGCAAUGCUCAAAGACUACAUGAGCAUCCAGGAGCUCGUAGCCAUGCUGGUGGAGACGGUGUCCCUUGGGGGGAACCUCCUGAUGAACGUGGGUCCGACCCCCGACGGGAGGAUCCCCCCCCUCAGCGAGGAGAGACUCAGACAGAUGGGUCUCUGGCUGCAGGUCAACGGGGGGGCGAUCUAUAACACUACGCCAUGGAGGGCGCAGAACGACAGCCGGACCCCUAACCUGUGGUACACGUUCAGACCGCAGGAAGAAAUCAUCUUUGCCAUUUUCCUGGAGUGGCCCAAAGAUGGAUUUGUGGUUCUGAGUGAACCUGUGGCUGUACCUGGACUCACUCAGGUGGAGCUGCUGGGAGUCGGGCCCCUGCAGUGGGAGGCAGCGCCCUCUGGUGGAUGUCUGAGGGUCCGUCUGCCCCCCCUCACACCCAGAGAGAUGCCCUGUGACUGGGGCUGGACCCUCAGGCUGAGAGGGGCCAAGUGAACAGGAAGUAACGGAGCAGACACAGGAAGUAACGGAGCAGACACAGGAAGUGACGGAGCAGAUACAGGAAGUGACGGAGCAGAUACAGGAAGUGACGGAGCAGAUACAGGAAGUGACGGAGCAGAUACAGGAAGUGACGGAGCUGCGAGAUGUGUUCAAAUCAGUUAAAACGAAGAUUAAAAUGAUGGGAAAAGUAUUGUUGAUGAUAUUUCAU